GCAGCGCGUCAGUCGUGACUUAAAGUUGCAGCGUCUUUACUCCUGCAGAAAAGCAGCUGCCAGCUAACCACCAUGGCAGGAAAGAGAGCCAUAGUGAUCCUGUCUAAAGGCGCAGAGGAGAUGGAAACAGUUAUUUCUGUGGAUAUUAUGCGCAGAGCCGGGAUCGCAGUAACAGUUGCGGGACUGACAGGAAAAGAGCCAGUCCAGUGCAGCAGAAAUGUCGUCAUCUGUCCUGAUGCAAGUCUGGAAGAAGCCAGCAAACUGGGACCUUAUGAUGUUGUGGUCUUGCCAGGGGGGAUGCCAGGCGCCAAGAAUUUGGCAGAGUCUCCUGCCGUGAAGGAGGUGCUGAAGGAUCAAGAUGGCAGAAAAGGCCUGAUUGCAGCCAUCUGUGCAGGUCCCACUGCUCUUUUGGCACAUGGAAUAGGCUAUGGCAGCACAGUCACUACACAUCCUGCCAUGAAGGAGAUGAUGAUGGUUGACGACCACUAUAAAUAUUCAGAGGCCCGAGUGCAGAAGGAUGGCCAUUACAUCACCAGCCGUGGGCCAGGAACCAGCUUUGAGUUCGCCCUGACGAUUGUAGAGGAACUCAUGGGGGCUGAGGUUGCAGCUCAAGUCAAGGCUCCUCUUAUUAUGAAAGACUGAUGGUUCACUUGUAAUCCUGUAAGCUGCACUGCCCAGUAUAACGCUCUGGAAAAACUGAGACAGCUGGUAUA